AAAUACGAAUCUGGAAGCUGAAAUCAGGUUGCCCAAGAAUUCAAACUUCUUGAAUUUAUAGAUUUCAGAUACAUCAAUAUCAAUAUCAACAUCAACAUCAUCAUCAUCGUGCUGAAUUUAAUACGUUUACCCCCAAUUUAGAUUUCAAAGAUGGUUCCAGGAAACAUGUAUAGCGAAUUCGCUAUAAUUUCGAUUGGUGAAUUCUAGACGCCAUUAUCGCAAUUCACCUUCAACUUGAUCCUUACCCCCAUUUUCGGUUUCUUUUCCCAUUUCUAUAAUCGAAUCAAAUUUCACUUACGGGAUCAUCUGGUUUCAAGAAAUUUGAAGGUAAUUCUCUGAUUAUGUUCGUGUUCUUCGUUUGAGUUUGAUUUUUUUUUUUGUAAUAGUUUAGGGUUUGUUAGAUCUAAUUGUAGAAAUCCCAAUUAAAAACCCUAAGUUUAAUUGAACCUCUUGGGUUGUUUUGAAGAUUGGUUUGAUUGAAGAUCAAGAAUUGUGAUUCUUCCCUAAUUCAAAGUUGAAGAACUCUCUCUCUCUGUUUGUAUAUAUAUAUACAUAUACAUAUAUCUCUAUAUAUAUAAUAGUGUUGUUUGAAUGGAGAAUAAUUAUAAUCAAUCAUCUCAAUAUAAUCCUUACCCAUAUGGUUACCAUCCCAAUUCAGCUCCAUAUCCACCACCUUCAAAUUAUCCACAAUACCCACCUCCAAAUUCAGCUCCUUAUCCUCCAUAUCCCCAACCAUAUCCAUAUCAAUCACCACCACCACCACCGGCCCCGCCAGGAGGACCACCGCCACAGCCACAUCCCGUCCAGUCGGAGUACUGGUACCCUCCUCCACAACCCUAUCCCGCUUUACCUCUUCCAUAUCCAUAUCCUACAUAUGGGUACCCUCCGCCCCCACCAUCUCACUACCACCAAGAAAGUGGUGGGGGCGGUGGCGAUGGUGGUGGUGUUAGUGGGAGUAAUCCUGCCGCCAUUCAGCGCCCUUCGUUAUACCCUGGUGAAGAGGAUAUUUCGUCAAGCAGCUCUAAUCCGUACUACCCUCCUAUAGAUCAUCACCUAGCUCAUUUAUCUUUGUCGGAAAAUGUACCAUCCGCCCCCGCAUCUCCACCUGCACCGGCGGCAGCGGAAACAGCACCACCAGCUGUCACUCCGAUCUACCAAAGCGUGAGUGCAAAAUACGAGUCCGAAAGUAGUUUCUACACGCAUCGUCCUAGUGAUUCUUUUUCAAGUUUUGAAGGGUCUUAUUCUCAUAGUGGACCGCUUGAACUUUCACAAUCUCCAACUUUCGGACACACCCCUUCGUUUAUCGAUCCGGAAAACAGUGAAAAGUUUCAGAUGGUACCGUUUGGGACGAAAAAGGCGUUAAAAGUGUUGCUUUUACACGGGAAUCUUGAUAUAUGGAUUCACGAUGCAAGAAACCUUCCAAACAUGGACAUGUUCCAUAAAACAAUGGGGGAUGUUUUCAACCGAUUACCCGGAAGCAAAGUUAAGAUUACUAGUGAUCCAUACGUCUCAAUUGGUAUAACAAAUGCCGUGAUCGGAAGGACUUACGUGAUUAGUAACAGCGAAAAUCCCAUUUGGAAACAACACUUUAAUGUCCCUGUUGCACAUCACGCUGCCGAAAUUCAUUUUCUUGUAAAGGAUAGUGACGUUGUUGGGUCUCAACUUAUCGGAGUCGUGGCAAUCCCGGUUGAAAACAUAUACUCGGGAUCUAGAAUUGAAGGAUUCUUUCCGUUAAUCAAUACAAACGGAAGACCGUGUAAGAGCGGAGCUGGUUUAAGACUCACGAUGCAAUACACUUCAAUGGCGAAUUUGAGUUUAUAUCAUAACGGGAUUGGAGCUGGUCCUCAGUACUUUGGAGUUCCGGGGACUUAUUUUCCGUUAAGGAGAGGUGGGAGAGUGACAUUAUAUCAAGAUGCACAUGUGCAUCAUGGGAGUCUCCCGGAUUUUAAGCUCGAGCAAGGCAUGCACUACGUUCACGGGACUUGUUGGAUGGAUAUCUUUGAUGCAAUAAGUAAAGCCCGACAUCUUAUUUAUAUCACCGGAUGGUCGGUCUGGCAUAAAGUGAAACUAGUCCGUCAGGUGCCCGGUACACCGGAAUUUACCCUCGGAGAUCUUCUGAAAUUGAAAUCACAAGAAGGUGUCAGGGUUUUGCUUCUUGUUUGGGAUGAUCCUACUUCACGGAACAUUUUGGGCUACAAGAUAGAUGGACUAAUGGCUACCCAUGAUGAAGAAACUCGGCAUUUUUUUAAGAACUCUUCAGUGCAAGUGUUGCUUGUUCCUCGUAUGGCUGGAAAAAGACAUAGCUGGAUCAAGAAGCAGGAAGUUGGAACUAUCUACACGCACCACCAGAAAACCGUGAUUGUUGAUGCUGAUGCUGGAUAUGGUAGAAAAAGAAUUGUAGCUUUUGUUGGAGGACUUGACCUAUGCGAUGGCCGAUAUGAUUCUCCGCAACAUCCCUUAUUUAGGACUCUAAGUACCGUUCAUGCAGAUGACUUCCAUAAUCCUACUUUCACGGGUAAUCUUGUUGGUUGUCCAAGAGAACCAUGGCAUGACAUGCAUAGUAAAAUUGAUGGUCCGGCGGCAUAUGAUGUCAUGACCAACUUUGAAGAACGAUGGUUAAAGGCUUCAAAACCUCAUGGCUUGAAAAAACUAAAGACUACAUAUGAUGAUGCUUUGCUUAGAAUAGAAAGGGUGCCGGAAAUUUUGGGUGUGAAUGAUCAACCUUGUCUUAGUGACCAAGAUCCUGAAGGAUGGCAUGUACAGAUUUUCCGUUCAAUUGAUUCAAACUCCGUCAAAGGCUUUCCAAAGGAUCCGAGGGAAGCUACAACCAAGAAUUUGGUUUGUGGCAAGAAUGUGAUGAUUGAUAUGAGUAUACAUUCGGCUUACGUAAAGGCAAUUCGUUCCGCCCAACAUUUCAUCUAUAUCGAGAACCAAUACUUUAUCGGAUCAUCAUACAAUUGGAGUUCAUAUAAAGACUUGGGUGCCAACAAUUUGAUUCCAAUGGAGAUUGCACUUAAAAUUGCUAGUAAAAUUAAAGCACACGAAAGGUUUGCUGUAUAUGUCGUCAUCCCUAUGUGGCCAGAGGGUGUCCCUACAGGCUCUGCUACACAACGUAUUCUAUUUUGGCAGAACAAGACGAUGCAAAUGAUGUAUGAGACUAUCCACAAGGCUUUAAUUGAAGUUGGGCUCGAGGACGCAUUUGCACCACAAGAUUUCUUGAAUUUCUUUUGUCUGGGAAACCGUGAAUCAGCUGGUCCAGACGCUGAUAUAGAUGGCGAGAGCGCUGGUCUGGGAAAUACUCCCCAGGGACUUGCUCAUAAGAGCCGGCGAUUCAUGAUCUACGUUCAUUCAAAAGGCAUGAUAGUUGAUGACGAAUAUGUAAUUAUUGGAUCUGCAAAUAUUAAUCAACGCUCUUUGGAGGGAACCCGAGACACAGAGAUCGCAAUGGGAGCAUACCAGCCUCAUCAUACUUGGGCAAAGAAACUCUCGAGUCCCAAAGGGCAGGUAUAUGGAUACCGAAUGUCUCUUUGGGCCGAGCAUAUUGGCCUUGUUGACGACCUCUUUACGCAACCGGAAACUAUAGAAUGCGUAAGACGUGUGAGAUCAUUGUCUGAAGCUAACUGGAAACAAUUUGCAGCCGAUGAGGUAUCGGAUAUGAGAGGCCAUCUCUUGAAAUAUCCGGUUGAAGUGGAUCGAAGGGGAAAGGUAAGAUCGCUUCCAGGAGUUGAAAAUUUCCCAGAUGUAGGUGGUCAAAUUAUUGGAUCAUUUCUUGGCAUUCAAGAGAAUUUAACUAUUUGAUGAAUCUUUUUUGACAGUUCUUUUUGUUUUUUGGAUUUUCAAGAUUAGGGUUCUUGAGAUUUUUGAUAUAGAGUUUAUAUGAUGUAAAACCAAUUCUGUUGUUGUAGUGUUGUUGUCAUGUGCAGUGUGUUUGAUCUUCAUAUUAUGUUGUAGAUUGGGCCAACUUUGUUUU